AUGCCUCCUCCGCCGCAUCAAAAGCCCGAAAAUGUCCUAAAGAGGGCUCACGAACUCAUCGGCGUCGGUCAGGCCUCCGCGGCCUUGACCUUGCUGCAUGAGCACAUCACCAACAAGCGCUCCCGAAAUGUCCCCAUCAUGUCGCUGGAGCCCGUGAUGCUCCUCCUCGUUGAGCUUUCCGUCGAGCAAAAGAAGGGCAAGCUUGCCAAGGAUGCUCUUUACCAAUAUAAGAAUAUUUCUCAAAACACAAAUAUUGCUACCAUCGAGUUGGUCUUGAAGAAGUUCAUCGAGCUCGCUGUUGAGAAGGUCACCGCUGCCCAGCAAAAGGCCGACGAAGUUCAGGAGAGCAUUGACGCUACUGCCGGCACCUCCAACGUUGACGAUCUUGAGGCCACCGAGACCCCAGAGUCCAUCCUUCUCGCUACUGUCUCCGGUGAGCAGUCCCGAGACCGUACCGACCGAGCUAUUGUCACCCCUUGGCUCAAGUUCCUCUGGGAGGCCUACCGAACUGUUCUCGACAUUCUCCGAAACAAUGCUCGCCUCGAGAUCCUCUACCAGAGCACCGCUACUCAGGCUUUCGACUUCUGCCUCAAGUACACUCGCAAGACCGAGUUCCGCCGUCUCUGUGAGCUGCUCCGCAACCAUGUCCAGACCGCCGCCAAGUACUCUUCUCAGAUGCACGCCAUCAACCUGAGCGACCCUGAUACUCUUCAGCGACAUCUUGAGACCCGCUUCCAGCAGCUUAACGUCGCUGUCGAGCUCGAGCUCUGGCAGGAGGCUUUCCGAAGUGUUGAGGACGUCCACACUCUCCUUAACCUUAGCAAGCGACCUCCCAAGAAUGUCAUGAUGGCCAACUACUACGAGAAGCUUACCCGGAUUUUCCUUGUCGGCGAGAACUACCUCUUCCAUGCUGCUGCUUGGUCCAAGUACUACACUCUUCUCCGCCAGUCCUCCGUGCUGGUUGCCAGUGGCCAGAGCAAGAAGUCCGAUAACCCACCCGCGUCUGAUGCCGAGCUCCAGAAGGCCGCAUCUUUCGUCGUGCUUUCUGCUCUUGCCAUCCCCGUCAUCAGCACCUCCCGAUCGCGUGGUGCUAUGGUCGACUUCGAUGAGGCCAGAAAGAACAAGAACUCCCGCCUGACUCACCUCCUUGGCAUGUCUCAGGCUCCUACUCGCUCCAAGCUCUUCCGGGAUGCCCUUUCCAAGUCUCUCCUUCAGCGCGCCCGUCCUGAGAUUCGAGAGCUUUACGAGAUCCUUGAGGUUGAUUUCCACCCUCUGUCCAUUUGCCAGAAGAUCUCUCCUAUCCUGACCAAGAUUGGCGCCGAUGCUGAGAUGGAGAAGUACAUUCUCCCUCUCCAGCAGGUUAUCCUUACUCGUCUAUUCCAGCAGCUUUCUCAGGUCUACGAAACAGUCGACCUGUCCUUCGUCGAGAGCCUGGCGCAGUUCCCUGAGCCUUACCAGGUUACCCGUGGAACUAUUGAGAAGUUCAUCAUGAACGGUAACAAGAAGGGUGACCUUUCUGUCCGUAUGGCUCACGCCACUGGUGUCUUGAGUUUCGACAACGACGUGUUUUCAUCGUCCAAGGCUAGCCACAGCGGAUCCUCAGCCGGCUCUGCCGAGUCUGAGACUGGCACCGUCCAACGACUUCAGAGCACUCCCUCCGAGAUUGUUCGCUCGCAGCUCACUCGCCUUGCCAAGUCUCUUUACACUACCUGCCACUAUGUUGACCCCGGCUUCAACAAGGGCCGCAUCGAGGCUCGUGAGGCUGCUCUCGCUCGUGCCAAGGCUGGCGCUGAGCAAGAGCAUCUGGAUGUUCUUUCACGAAAGGACCUUAUCCAGAAGCGCAAGGAGGUUGCCUCUGAAAUCCAGGCCAAGAAGGAGAAAGAGAAUGCUCGCCAGAAGAGACUUCGUGAGCAAGCUCUUCAAGAGGCUGAGGAUAUGCGACUUGCAAAUGAGCAAAAGGAACGCGAAGCCAAGCGCCUCAAGGCUGAGCGUGACCGCGUCCGUAAGGAGGAACUCAAGAAGCAGAUCGCAGAACUCAACAUUGGUGACAAGGCUAUCGACGUCGAUCUGGAGGAUCUUGACAACCUUGAUAGCAACCGACUGCGUGCUAUGAAGCUGGCUCAGCUAGAACGUGAGAAGAACGACGUUAAUGAGCGCCUUCGCAUAACAGGAAAGCGUCUCGAUCAUCUUGAACGUGCCUUCCGCCAGGAGGAAGCCAAGAAGUUGUCGGAUGACUACGCCAAGCAGGUCGAAGAAGACCGCAAGAUCUACGACACUGUUAAGGCUCAGAAACUUAAGGAUGCUGAGAUCAAGCACAAGGAGAGUGUGGAGCUCAAGCACCGACUUAGCCGCCUGGUGCCUCAAUACGAGGAGUUCCGUGACUCCCUGCACGAGCGUCGUCGUGAUGAGUUUGAGAAGCGCCGUCGUGAUGCCGAGCGAGAGCUUGAGAAGCAGAUUACCCAGCGCAAGAAGGAGGUCCGCGAUCGACGUCUUCGUGAGAAGCGUGAGCGUGAAGAAAAGGAGCGUGAACUUCGCCAAGCCGAAGAGGCUGCAGCCCGUGAGAAGGAGGAGCAGCGCAUUCGCGACGAGGCUCGUAAGGAGGAGCUCGCCAAGCUCAAGGAGCAGCGAGAGAAGGAGCGCCAAGAGAUGUUGGAGAAGGCUGCCCUUCAGCAGCGACGCGAAGAGGAAGCCCUGGCCCGCCGCAAGGCAGAAAAGGCCCAACCUGCCAGCUCGUCUCGUGGACCGGAGCGCACAGAGUCAUCCGAGGCCCGGAGACCAGUCUUUGGUGCUGGCAAGUGGCGAGAACGUGAGGCUAACCGCGAGGGUGGUGAUACUCCUCCUCCCUCUUCCCGGGCAGCCCCUCCCGAGAGGUCCGAUUCCAACGAUCGACCUUCCUCUGGUGGUCCUCCCCGACUUGCCCUCUCUGGUGGCAAGCCCAGCUGGCGAGAGCGUGAGGCUGCCAGGCAAUCCGGUGGCAGCGGAGCCGAUACUGGUUCUUCGACUCCUCCUCCUCUUCGCUUUGCGCCUCGUGGCGGUGCGCCGCCCAUGGACCGAAGUGGUUCUGGCACUGAGGAGGAUCGAAAGCAGUCUCCUGCUCCCUCUGGGGAGGCUCAGCCCCCGGCACGAACAGCCGGCAAGUGGGUUCCUCCUCACAUGAGGAAGUAA